CCCGGCUCUCCCUGGGCGGCGUCGGUCGGCACCGGAUGGCAGUGCUGACGCAGCGGCCGGAGUCGCCGGAGCUCUCCUCCGGCUCGAGCACGGACCUCAUCGCCUCCGCCUCCACCGCCCUCCGCCGCCUCCACUUCCGCACCGCCUCCGCCCACCGCUCCCGCCCCCAAGGCGCUUCCAAGGGACCGCUCCCGCCCAAGGUGGUGCUGGCCUCGAACUCGGCCUCGCUGGAGUCGGCGCUGAACACCUCGACGGACUCGUCGACCACGGCGGUGACGAUGGUGACGGUGACGGACGGGGACUCGAGCCUGGACAAGGACGAGGUCCUCCGCAUCACGCCCAACCUCAUCGAGGACCUCCUCAACGAGACCCCGCUCUCCUCCCUCGAGAAGGAGGACGCCUCCUCCACCUCCUCCACCUCCGAGAAGGACACCAACACCCUGCGGGCCUCCACCGAAUCCAGAGGGCUCUUCGCCGACCGCAACUCCGAGGACGAGGCGACGCCCAAGAACGAGCCGCCCGCCAAGCGGUUCAUCAUCGACACCGAGGACAAAGACAAGGUGAUCGACCCGGACAACUCGUUCGAGUGGUACCGGAUCAAGAUGCGGCAGCUGAACGUGGAGAACGCGCGGCACAACCACUCGCACUCGGUCUCGCGGCGGCUCCACUCCAUCUCGAAGCGCUACGCCAAGAACAACUUCGGCGAGGACCGGCUCAAGUCCAGCCGGGGCUCCUCCGGCUUCGCCGCCGAGCAGAUGACCGUCGACAGCGAGGACGCCUUCGAGCUCCGCGCCUCCCCGCCGGUCCCCACCUCGCCCACCGGCUCCCCCAGCUCGGAGCCGCCGCAGGGCCUCGAGGAGACACCCACCACGACCCUCGUCCAAGUGGAGAGCCCCAAGCUCAAGCCCGAGCCCAGCCCGACCAAGGUCAAGAAGCAUUUCACCUUCUCGCCGACGGUGGAGAACAAGGCGUUUCCGGAUAAGCUCAACGGGAAUGUCAGGAUACAGGACGGGCUGGCCUCAGCGCCGGCUUGCACUGGAGUCGAGGUGUUCAAUUCUGCCCCGGGGCGGAAGAAAUUCGAGCGGAAGUGGUCGAUGACGGCGGCGGAGGUGAUCCUGGAGCAGCCGGACAACAACAACAAGAACUACUCGGACACGAAGACGGCGUCCAUCUUCAUCCAGCAGCCCUCCGUGACGGGCAACUCCCCAGAUCACCCCCAGCCGAUGGACACCCGGGAGACCGUUGAUUCGCCCAAGAAACGCGAGGAGAACAUGAAACUCCUAGACGUCGCCAACGCAUACAACCAGGCCAGCUUCCACGAAAAAGAACUCAAGUACGGGUGCUCGCACCACAGCCGGUCGCAGUCGGUGAAGACGCCCGGUCGUUCGGGGGGCGGCCCGGGGGGGCUGCGGCCCAACUACCUGUGCCUGCCCCAGCAGCGCUCUCGGGUGGCCUCGAUGCCGAACACGGGCGUGGAGGAGGAGUACUACCGCCUCCGGCAGUUCACCGUCACCGGGAACAAGGUCGUCAACCGCGGCGACUCCCUCAAGAGCCGCCGCUCCCGCAGCAACAACAGCGUCGCUUCCAGUAACUCCAGCCACAGCACUGAACAUAUCACGGGGACUGGCGCGACGGGGACGGGCUGCGCGGUGGCGGGGGGCUCGUACCCCGGUUCGGCGCGGACCUCGGCGACGACCUCCUUGGCCUCCUCCCGGGAGUCCUCCUGCGCCUCCUGCCCGGGGAUCACGGCCCCCUUCCGGGUCCUCAUGCUCGGCGGCUGCGGCGUCGGAAAGUCCUCCCUCAUCUCCCAGUUCAUGACCUCAGAGUACCUUCACGCCUUCGAUGCCUCAAUAGACGACGAGUGGAACGAGACUGCGGUGUCCGUGCUGUUGGACGGUGAGGAGUCGGAGCUCAUCUUCAUCGACCAUCCUGCCACCGAUGUAACGCCGGAAGAGUGCAUAGACUCCUACGAGCCGCCGCACGCUUACUGCGUCGUCUACUCGACGGCCGACCGCUCCAGCUUCACCGUCGCCGACGAGUGCCUCCAGGCGCUGUGGAAGAAGAACUCCAUCAAGAGCAAAGCCGUCAUCGUCGUCGGCAACAAGACUGAUCUCGUCCGCUCUCGGGUCGUCACCACCGAAGAGGGGAAGGCGAUGGCGAUCAAGUACGACUGCAAGUUCAUCGAGACCUCGGUGGGGAUCAACCACAACGUGGACGAGCUCCUGGUCGGGAUCCUCUCGCAGAUCCGGCUCAAGCUGGACAUGCCCCCGGACGGAGGGGUCGGCGAGCGGGAGGCGCCCUACCGACGGAGGAGUCGCUCGCCGAUGGGGCUAGGCUGCGGGUUCCGCAAGUACGGCAGCGGGCGCCUCUCCGCCUCGCUCAAGGUCAAGGGGCUCCUCAGCAAGGUCUGGGCGCGCGACUCCAAGUCCAAGUCCUGCGAGAACCUCCACGUCCUGUGAAGCUCCCAGGUGGCCACGUCGAGGGAAGGUUGAGGAUACAGAACGCCGAGUUGGGGAAAGGUUGAGGAUACAGAACGCCGAGUUGGGGAAAGGUUGAGGAUAAAGAGCGCCGAUUCGAGGAAAGGUUGAGGAUGAAGAUCGCCGAGUUGAGGAAAGGUUGAAGAUGAAGAAUGCCGAGUCGAGGGAAGGUUGAGGAUACAGAACGCCGAGUCGAGGAAAGGUUGAGGAUGAAGAUCGCCGAGUCGAGGAAAGGUUGAGGAUACAGAACGCCGAGUAGAGGAAAUGUCUAUAUCAAUAAAGCAAGCGAAAAUUCAUUCUUUAUAUCAUCAGGAUGACUGUAUCAUUGGAAUAAUCGAAUUGUAUCGGAACUGUAUCAUCCCUGGUAAAAAU